CCCGUCCCCGGAGCGCCGCCGCCGCCGCCGCGGGGGCAACCGCGCGCCGCAGCCGCUCGGAGUCCUCCGGCAAGUCGCGGCGCGGCGCGUCCCGCCGGAGCCGCUCGCUGUCCUCGCCGCUGGCCAAGAAACGGCCGCGGCCCCGCGGGUCCCGCUCGGCGUCGCCGCGGCGGCGCCGCAGCCGCAGCCCCUCCCCCUCCCCCGCGCCCUCCCCCCGCCCCGCCCAGCGUCACCAAGGCCCCCUCCCCCCCCCGUCCCCGCCCGCCCCAAGUGGGUGCCGCUGGCCGAGCUGCCCCCGGCGGCGCCGCGGGUGGCACCGGGGGUGACACCGGGGGUGGCACCAGGGGCGGCCGCCGCCUCCAAGUGGGUCCCCAUAGGGGGGGGCGCAGCCCCUCCCCCCGCAGCCGGCACCGCCCGGCACCCGAGGGGGGGGGCGGCGGCCACCAAAGCCACCCCCGAGGCCACCAAGGCCACCCCCGAGGCCACCAAGGCCACCCCCGAGGGGACAGCGGGUGGCACGGUGCCGACGGUGGCUGAGGAGAAGCCGCCCGCGGUGGCCGAGGGGACACCGGGGGCCACCAAAGUGGGCUCAGGUGACACCAAAGUGGCCUCAGGUGACACCAAAGUGGCUGUAAGUGACACCAAAACGCCCACAGGUGACACCAAAGUGGCCUCAGGUGACACCAAGAUGGCCGCAGGUGACACCAAGGUGGCUUUGAACGACACCAAGGUGGCCAACGGUGACCCCAGAGCCGCCGCGGGUGACGCCAAGGCGCCGGUGUCCCCCUCCCAGCCCGCCCCCAAGGCCGUGUCCCCAACUGUCCCCAAGCUGGAGGUGACACCCGCGCCCCUCCCCAAGGCCACGCCCCCCGUCCCCGACCGUCCCCAAGUCCCCGGUGCCACCCCCCGACCCCAAACCCGCGCUGUCCCCAACCGUCCCCAAAUCCCCGGCGCCGCCCCCCGAGCCCAAAGCCACCCCUGUGUCUCCCCAAAGUGUCCCCAACGCCGCCCCCCCGACCCCAGACCCGCUGCCGCCCCGUCCCCCCGCGCGUCCCCGACGCCCUCCCGGCUGUCCCCGCGCUCGGGGACCUUGGGGACCUUGGGGACGCCGCCGCCGCCGCCCCCGGGGCUGCCGCGGGCGCUGGCGCGGCCGCCCGGUGCCACCCUGGGGACGCUGGGGACACUGGGGACACUGCUGCCCGCCGCCCGCCUCAGCCUGCCCUCCUCGCCCGUGGCCGCCUCGGCGCUGCCCGCCCGUGUCCCUUGUCACCAAGGCCACCCCGCCCCGGCUGGGCAGCGCCAAGGGCGCGCCGCCCGACGUCCCCAGGGGCACCGGCACUGUCACCAAGGCCACCGCGGCGGCUGCGGCCACCAAGGGUGGCGCAGUGAUGGACAGCAAGGGUGGCACUGCCACCAACGUGGACAGCAAGGCCACCAGUGUCACCGUGGGGGUGGCAGUGAUGGACAGCAAGGGUGGCAUUGCCACCAACGUGGACAGCAAGGCCACCGGUGUCACCAACGUCACCGGAAUGGACAGCAAGGGUGGCACUGUCCCCAACGUCACCUGCGUUGACAGCAAGGCCACCAGUGUCACAAAUGUCACCGGAAUGGACAGCAAGGCCACCAGUGUCACAAAUGUCACCGGAAUGGACGGCAAGGCCACCGGUGUCACCGUGGGGGUGGCACUGAUGGACAGCAAGGGUGGCACUGUCACAAAUGUCACCAAUGUGGACAGCAAGGCCUCCAAUGUCACUGGCAUGGACAGCAAGGUCACCAGUGUCACCAGUAUGGACAGCAAGGUCACCGGUGUCACCUGUGUGGACAGCAAGGUCACCGGUGUCACCAGCACCGAGAGCAAGGUCGCAGAUGUCACCAAGGCCACCCCAGGGGACAGCAGGGUCACCAAUGUCACCAACAUGGACAGCAAGGCCACCAGUGUCACCAGUGUGGACAUCAAGGCCGCCGAUGUCCCCAAGGCCACCCCGGGCGCUGUCCCCAGCGCUGUCCCCAGGGCCACCCCCGCUGUCCCCGCCGGGGUCAGCCCCCUGGGCGCCGCCAUCCUGCGCGCCAGCGCCGACGCCAGCGCCAUGGCCACGCUGGCCGCUGUCCCCAGGGCCACCACCGGUGUCACCAGGGCCACCAGUGCCACCAGUGUGACCGGUGUGACCAGUAACGCUGUCACCAAGGCCGCCAGUGCCAGCGGUGUGGCCGGUGCUGGCGGUGUCACCGUCACGCCCGGGGUCACCAGGGCCACCCCCGGGGCCACCAGUGCCACCAGUGCUGCGGCUCAGAGCGCUCCCAGUGCAGCCAGUGCAACCAGUGUCACCGGUCCCAGUGCUCCCAGUGCCACCAGUCCAGCCAGAGCCACCGGUGUGGGCAGUACUGGGAGUGUCCCCAGUGCCACCAGUGUCACCAGCGCUCCGAGGGCCACCAGUGUGACCAGUCCGGCUCCGACCAGUAUGACCGGCGCUGCUACUCCCAGUAUGACCAGUUUGACCAGUGCUGCAGCUCCAAGUGUCACCGGUGUCACCAGUACUGGCGUUCCCAGUGCUCCCAGUGCCAGCGUGGCUGCAGCUCCCAGUGCUCCCAGUACGACCAGUGCUGCACCUCAGAGCAUUCCCAGUAUGACCGGUACCACCAUGGCUGCGGCUCCCAGUGCUCCCAGUUCCACCAUGGCUGCACCUCCCAGUGCUCCCAGUACCAUUGUGGCGGCUCCCAGUACGACCAGUUCUGUGGCUCCCAGUGCUCCCAGUACGACCAGUGCUGCGGCUCCCAGUGCUCCCAGUACAACCAGUGCUGCGGCUCCCAGUGCUCCCAGUACCAUGGCAGCGGCUCCCAGUAUCGCCAGUACCACCAGUGCUGCAGCUCCCGACGCUCCCAGUAUGACCAGUGCCACCAUGGCUGCAGCUCCCAGUGCUCCCAGUACCGUUGUGGCGGCUCCCAGUGCUCCCAGUAUGACCAGUCCUGGCCCAGCCAUGGCUCCCAGUUCCACCAGUGCUGCAGCUCCCAGCGCUCCCAGUACCACCAGUUCCACCAGUACCCGGCCCAGCCGUGGCUCCCAGUGCUCCCAGUAUGACCAGUGCUGCGGCUCCCAGUGCUCCCAGUAUGACCAGUACCGGCCCAGCCAUGGCUCCCAGUGCUCCCAGUACGACCAGUGCUGCGGCUCCCAGUGCUCCCAGUACCAUUGUGGCGGCUCCCAGUGCUCCCAGUUCCACCAGUACCCGGCCCAGCUGCAGCUCCCAGUGCUCCCAGUUCCACCAGCACCGACGCCGUCCCCAUGGACACCAGCGCUCCCAGUGCUCCCAGUAUGACCAG